AUGAUGGAGAUAAAUAAAGAAGAUGAAUUAAAGGAAGUCUUUAAAGUGUUUGAUAGAGAUCAGAAUGGUUUCAUAUCGGCCGCUGAGCUAAAAAAUGUGCUAAUUAGCCUUGGUGAGAAAUUGACAGAUGAGGAGGCAGAGCAGAUGAUAAAAGAGGCAGACUUUGAUGGCGAUGGAAGAGUUAAUUACAAUGAUUUUGUCCAAACAAUGAUGUCAAUGUAA